AUGUUAAUUACGAACAGAUAUCAUCUCAAUGGCAUUGGCAUGGUUCCCCAGGAUCCUAGAUGGGCUGUUCAAGCGGGUGAAUCACCUAAAUACCUCCAAAACUACCAAGCUCUGGCAAAAGAACUCAACAUCUGCCUGGUCCCGGGAACCAUCAUUGAAAGACACAACGGCCCCAACAACACCACCCUCUUCUACAAUGUGGCCUACUUCAUCUCCAACGACGGCUCGGUUCUCGGUUCCUACCGCAAGAAGAACAUCUGGCACCCCGAGCGCCCCCAUCUGACCUCCUCCGCUCUAGAACCCCAUGUGGCAAUCGACACCCCGAUCGGUCGCGUCGGGCUACUGAUCUGCUGGGAUCUAGCAUUCCCCGAAGCAUUCCGGGAACUGAUCGCCGAUGGUGCUCAGAUCGUCAUCAUGCCGACUUACUGGACUCCCCACGACGCAUCCCCCGAAGCUCGUGCAUAUAACCCAGAUUGCGAGGCUCUCUUCCUCGAAACGACCAUCACAUCUCGCUGCUUCGAAAACACCUGUGGUGUUAUCUUCGCCAAUGCCGCUGGUCCGUCCGAGGACUUCCUUGGUUUGUCGCAGAUUGCACUUCCGGUUGCAGGUUCGAUCGCGAAGAUGGGUACCGAGGAGGGCUUUAUUGUCGCUGAUUUGGAUAUGGCGGUUAUUGAGGCUGCUGAGAGAAAUUAUAAGGUUCGUCAGGAUUUGAAGAAGGAGGAUUGGUAUUAUACUUAUCGCCAUACCGCGAGGGAAUGA